AUGUCCUCCGCCGACCCGGAUCAGAACCUUUCCCCGGCCGAGCUGGCCCAGCGCGACCGCGAGGAGAAGGAACGCCAGGCUGCUGAAGCUGCCGAGCAGGCCCAGCUUCCCUACCAAUGGACCCAGUCCAUCCGCGACCUUGACCUGACGGCGCCGAUCCCUGCCAAUAUCAAGGGUCGCGAUAUGGAGGUUAUUCUGACCAAGUCGAAGAUCCGCGUCGCUAUUAAAGGCCAGGAUCCUAUCAUCGAGGGUGACUUCCCCCACCCCAUUCUCGUCGACGAAUCAUCCUGGACUCUCGAAACAACCUCCAAGCCCCCCGGCAAGGAAGUCAGCAUCCACCUCGACAAGGUCAACAAGGUGGAGUGGUGGCCGCAUGUUGUCAAGGGUGCUCCCAAGAUCGACGUUACCAAGAUCACACCCGAGAACUCGAGCCUGAGUGACCUGGAUGGCGAGACUCGCGCCAUGGUGGAGAAGAUGAUGUAUGAUCAGCGCCAAAAGGAGGCCGGUGGCUUGACUAGCGACGAGCAGAAGAAAAAGGAGCUUUUGGAGAAGUUCAAGGCUGAUCACCCGGAGAUGGAUUUCUCUAAUGCUCAGAUCAGUUAA